AUGUGCGGGUGCCGUGUGGCGGCCUGCGUAGCCGCGCUGGCGGCGGUGAGCGUCGCGUUACCGGGCGCCGUGCUGUCGCUGGACCUCAACAAACUCUACGGACAUCACACCAAGAGAUCCGAGUACUGUCACCCGUACGAGCCGUUCAAGUGCCCAGUGGAUGGUAACUGCAUCUCCAUCCAAUAUCUGUGCGACGGCGCUCCUGACUGCAUCGACGGGUACGACGAGGACUCCAAGCUGUGUACCGCAGCUAAGAGACCUCCGGUGGAAGAAACAGCGUCCUUCUUGCAAUCCCUGCUGGCAUCCCACGGGCCCAAUUACCUGGAGAAACUGUUCGGCAGCAAGGCGCGCGACGCAUUGGAACCUUUGGGUGGUGUUGAGAAAGUUGCCAUCGCUCUUUCUGAAUCUCAGACUAUCGAAGACUUCGGCGCGGCCCUCCACCUGAUGCGGUCUGAUCUGGAACAUCUGCGCUCCGUGUUCAUGGCGGUUGAGAACGGCGACCUUGGCAUGCUCAAAUCCCUCGGAAUCAAGGACUCGGAACUCGGAGACGUUAAGUUCUUCCUGGAGAAGCUCGUCAACACCGGCUUCCUUGACUGAAUAGCGCCGGAGUCUGCCUCUGAAUAUUACCACGUCGUCCAAUAUGCUCCCAUCAGUUCAUCCUUCUAUAGCUAUCUCCCUUACGACUUCUAUAAAAGGAAUUAGGAAUUCUGAACUCCCUUUUCUCUAAAUCCUUGUGCGAUUGAUGUUUGAUCGAGUUCUAGUUUGAGAUUUUACUCGUUUAAUCAAUCGAUUUCUGCAACCGGCCACGCAGACUCGAUUUUUAAAACGAUUAAAUCUCAGUUGCCAUUUGAAAUUCUUGAUGUAAACGGAGCAAUAGUACAGUUCUUGUAGAUGUAAUAAUUUAUUUAAACUCUAUAUUAGGUUAGGUAUAUUUUUAUAAAGCUUCUAUAACUGUUUAAGAAAAAGUUACAUCGGGAAUUAAUUAUCGCGUCUAUUAAUUGUGAAAUGCUAGCGACAAUCGAUAUCAUGACUAAAUAAAAAAAACAUAACGUCAUAAAUAUCACAAAGAUCAAGAUUUUCGCUAUAGUAUUUCCAAGCCUUGAUGUAACUUUUUAAUUUUUAUGUAUGUAUGGAUUAUGAAUGUCGCCCUUUCCCCUCUAUUUCGGAAAACUUGUCCCAUGACGUAAUAAAAUUUCAGAGGCGACUCCAUCGGCGCGUCCAUUCUGAGCUAGAUAUAAAGCAAAAGGAAAUUGUUCUUAGUUAGGAAUUAUAUUAAGAAGUGGUAAAAAAAGAUAAAAGAAUGCAUACGCUUUAUAUCUGGCUUUUAAAAAAAAUCCAGUUUAGGACCACGGAUACAUAUCAUUUUUAAAUUAAGAUUAAAAAUAUAUUAGUAGAUGUAUCAGUAAUCUUAUAAAGUAUCAUUAUUUUAAUAUCGGUAUUGUAGUUUACUGACAUUUUUAGAACACCUUUUAAAUAAAUCGAAACAUAUCAAAGUAUUAAAAGAUGCUUAAACCGAAACAUAUCAAUAUUAUGUGAUUUUUAAAUCGUUAUAUUAAAUCAGUAGCGCUGCUAUUUCACCUUUUAGAAUAUUUCUAAUCUAUUUCUAGUAUUUAAAUUUUAUCUUCGAUGUUGUAAGUGAAAACUAUUUGUCAAUACGGGCUGCAGACACAACGAAUUAUUGGAGAUCGUUUGAAGGAAACACUUUUAAGAAUAGCAUUAUGCAACAUCUCUUAUCAAAUGCAAUCAAUCAUAACAUUGAUUUUUUAUAUAAUAUAAGGUGGCAAAGGAAAGCAGCCACCCGAAAUGGAAAGCGACCGCUGCCCAUAA